GCUCAACUGUCAAGUGUUCACCGAACAAUUUCGUUAAAUUUGAGUCAACAUUUCAUUAAAAUUUGAUUUUUUUUUUUUGUAAAACGACCGAAUAGACGGAAUAUUUGAGAAUGAACGAGCAGGAGACCAAAGUCGUAGUACCAAAACUGUCAAAAUUAUCCCUCAAAGAUGAAACAGACCGAACUCAAUCGUCAAUUGCUGGUGCAUCGAAUGAGCAACCAUCGCCGAAAAUCUUCAAGUUGGACAUCGAUUGCUUGGACGAAUUAUUCGAGUAUUUGUCACUACAAGACCUGGACUCAUUUGCCAAAACAUGCAAAGCAAUGCACAAAGUGGCCGGUGAAUAUUUCAAACGAAACUAUUCCGGCGCUCGAAUACAUAUAAAAGAAAAUGCUGCACCAGAAUUAAUUGGAAUCGGUGGAAGACGUUCCCAUAAAUCGUCAACGUUCAAUCAAUUUGUACCAAAUAUCAAUUUCAAAGGAUGUCCAGAAUCUCUUAAACAUUAUACCUUCGAACCCAGUGAUUUCGGAGCAAUCAACCGUCUUAUCCUCGAAGGUAAACUGUUAACCGAACAAAUGAUAGACACGUUGAACGUAAUUUUUCCUAAACUGGAAACGAUACAAAUCAUAGUGUCUGAUAUUUACGUUGACAUUUAUGACACGAUAUUGAAACGUUGCUCCAAUCUAAAGUGUUUCGAAUUGUAUCGCUUACGUUAUGAACCACGUCAUGAAUUUCCCGAGCCAGAAUCAUGGAUGUGCCACAAAUAUCCACAGCUCGAAUAUCUUUGUCUCUUUCCAAUUCCGACGAUAGAUAACUUGAUGUUGAUUUUCCAGAACAAUCCAAACAUUCAUAGCUUUUUGAUUACUGCCGAAUACAUUUGGGAACACCAACAUGAACUCAUCAACUUCAAAGUGCAACUGGACUUAUUGAAGGUUAUCAUGUUGCGGAAUAUUUCAUCUGCGCCAUUUUUUAAACUGUUGAAUCAACUUUAUGAACAGAAAUGCUACAAACGCUUGCAUAUUAUUGUAACUGCUAGCGAUAACCAAGUUACGGCUGACGAUAGUUUUAGUGCUGGUUUUGCUUCUCUUUGUGGCCUUGAGCAGUUGGAUUUUAAAAAUGGAAACGAUUUGCUGCUUCUUUCUGAUUUGCCCAAUUUGAAAGAGCUCAUUGUAUACGGUGAAAAUAAUUCAUUUGAACCGAAAUUGAUUCCAAAGAAAUUUCCAAAUCUUCAACGACUCUACAUACAUAUAGCGAACGAUGAGCAUAUUUUAUCGAUCAUACAAGGACUACCAAAGCUACAGAUGCUCGAAUUGAAUUAUGACCUAGAUAAAAAAAUGACAAUUCUGAAAUUGCCAGCAUUGAAUACGGAGCGCCAAAAAGUGGCCAACGCACAAAAAGUGACAAUCUGUGUUCCGGAUGAGGUUUUCUUGAGAAUGAAAUGGAGCUGCGGAAAUGGAGACACCAACUUACAAAUGAUCGAAAUGAAGCGACUGGCAUCGUACAAUGAUCGAUCGGAAAUUUUUCAUUAGAUCUUCAAUUGUGAUUUCAACAGUUUAUGCAAUCAAAUUAGAAUCGGGUUUUACAACAGCUUUUUUUGUGAUCUGUUAACCAAACAUCAUAUGUUCAAAUAAAUUUCCAUUAAUUACUAAUGAAA